AAGAAACAAAAACUGUCAACAUCUCCCUAGAAAAAAACCCACCCCGUCUUGUUGUCGGCGAAGGCGGAAGGAAAAAACGCACGAGGAACCCUAGCCGGCCGCCUGAGGAAGAAACGCCCAGAUCGAUCAGCAACAGCAAGGCCGGCGACGAUGUUGGCGGUUCGGUGCGCGGCGAGGAGGCUCGGUGGCUCCCUGCUCCAGCGGACGCAGCCCGCGGUCGCGCAGGAGGGAUGCCGGCUCGUGCCAAGCGGGCUCAUGCGCUCCCGCCAGCUCUCCACCAAGCAUGCUUGCGAGACCUGGAUGCAAAAGAAGAUGCAGAAGCUGAGAUCUAUGUGGGCCCAGCACAAGGCGGACAUAGAGAGAAGGAUGAGGGAACCUCCAGAAAAGGAUGAGUUUAAGUUGCUUGUCGAGUCCUACGCACGUACGAUUGAUGGUGUGAUCCAUGGAACUGCCAAGAUGGCACUUCUCUUCCUUGUUCCAUUUGGAAUUUAUGCUAGCUACACCAAGGAGGGGGGAGAAGCACAGGCUGUUACCAAGGGAGACCAGUGAAGACAAAGAUCGAAAGAUGAGAGAAUCAAAGAUGGCCCCUCAACUUGUUUUCAGUUAAACUAUGAUGACCUGCAGUUAGUACUAGGCUAUCGUUGUGAUAUUGUGCAACAUGGUCACUGGCAUGCGUUGUUUUUUUGUGCGUGUGUGAAUCACUAUCAUGCAUUGUAUUCCCUCUGUAAUGAAAUAUAAGAGCGUUUAGAUCA